AAGAAAUCUUCCCUCCUUAGAAUUUAUUUUUAUUUUUAUUUUUUUAAAAUUUGAAAUUUGAAGAAUGGCCGGUUAUAGAUGAAGCAAAUAGUAUUAUUUUUGUAUGUUCAAAUGACAUUUUUUUUCAGUUUUUUUUCGAAAUGAAUAAUGUCAACAACAAAUAAGGUAAUGGUGACAAUUUCACAAAAUAACAACGAUAACAACAAUAAUGAUCAAACAAAUUCUUCCAAUUUAUUGACAUCGAUUGAUAAUGAUAAUGAUAAUACGAAUUUAAUUAUCAUCGAUACACAAUCAUCAUAUCAACGACAACAACAAUUUUUAUUUAUUUCAGAUUCAUUGGAUAUUAUCAAUGAAGAAUCACCAUCAUCAUCAUCAUCAUCAUCGAAAACGAUAACAUCGAAUCAGUCUAAUUCAAUCAAAUCGCUGGCAACUGCUCAAAAUUAUUAUCAUCAUCAUUCGAUUUCGAAUGAUAAUAAGAAUUUCUAUAAACAACAACAACAACAACAAAAAUACGCAGCCGAAUCAACAACCAUUUCGGAUGAUAAUAAUGAACAGGUGGAUAAUUGUCAAUCGAAUCGAACGAUCUCAUCAAUCAUAUCAUCAUCAUCAUCAUCUUAUUCACCGCUGGUUUCAUCUUCAUCGUCCAAUAAUAAACAACAGCAACAACAACAUAAUUCAAACGUAAUGAAUGAAUCAUCAUCAUCAUCAAUAGAUUCAUUACAAAUAAACAGUACAAAUUCGAAUCAAAGAUUCAUACGAACAAUAAUAACAAAUUCUGGUCAUAAUAAUAAUCAUCAUCAUCAACAGCAGCAGCUAAUUGACAAUAAUGUCAUCAUGUCAUCGCCACCAUCAUCAUCACCAUCCGUUACAAAUACGGAAAUUACGGCUACUACAAAUGAAUUUAUUCAAUCACAACAAAUCAAUAAUAAUAAUAAUGUUAGUGAUAUAACGGUUGAUUCAACAACAUCGAUAUCAACAAAUCAUCAUCAUCAUCAUCAUCAUUCUCAUCAACAACUUUUACAUGAAGCUACCGAGCAGCUAUCAUCAUCAUCAUCUGCUGUUCUUGAUUAUGGAAUGACAUUCUCUAGUCCAACAACAACAAUAACGACCAAUCAUCAACAUUUACAAUUACAAAUUGAUGAUGCAGAUCAUCAUAAUCAACAACAACAACUUCAGCAAUUAACAUUAGCAUCACCAACAGUCAUUGACCAUUAUUUUGUUCAACAGCAACAACAACAAAAUCAAUUAUUGACAAAUGCAACUUCAACAUCAUCGUCAUCACCAUCAUUACAUCAUCAAUAUGGAUCAGAUGGAAUAAAUGUUGAUCAAGAAUCAAUGUUUCACGACCUUUCAUAUGUGAACGGUACGGAUGUUAUUAAUUUAAAUUCAUUAUCAUUACCAUCAUCGCAACAACAACAACAAUCAUCAACAUCAUUACAAUAUCAAGAAAAUGUUGUACAAGAUCUUCCAGUAUUAACACGUGCACGUGCUACAUUACCAAUUGAAUAUUUAUAUCUUCAGGAAAUAGAAUCUGAUGUGAUUGGAGUAUUUGCACGAAAACAGAUACCAAAGCGUACACAAUUUGGACCAAUCGAAGGUGUUAUGAUUGAAUUACCCACCGAAACCAGUCAAAAUUAUUCACCAAAUAGUAUUGCAUAUAGUUCGAAAUUAAAUCUGAUAAUUUUUAUAACUAAUCAAAUGAUUCUAAGUCAAGCGGAUGAAAAUGGUUCAAAUUGGACUAGAUUUAUACGGCCAGCACAAAAUGCUACGGAACAAAAUAUUGAACUUGUAACUAAAGAAUUUUCUGCCAAUGAAUUUAAAUUAUUUCUACUAUCAACACGUACAAUAAUGCCUGAUGAAGAAUUAAAAGCAUGGUAUUCAUCCGAUUAUGCUAAAACAAUUGGUAUUAAACUUUUAACCGAAAAUUUCGAUAUUAAUAAUGAUAAUGAUGAUGCAUUGCAUCAACAAAAUCAACUAGUCAAUAAUAAAAUUAAUGAUGGUGAUCAUAUGAUUGAUAAAACAACAACAACAUUGGCUAAGAUGGAUGAAAAUUUCAACAAUUCCGAUGAUAAUAAUAUUCAUUAUCAACAGCAGCAGCAAACUGGACAUAAAUUACGAAAUAAGAUAGCCAAAACACAGCAGAUUAUAGUCCAGCAGCAGCAACAACAAUUAAAUGGCGAUAAAUCAAUUAUCGUUUCGUUUGUUGAUGGUAAUGGUGGUUCAUCAAUGACUACGCCGGCCACAACUAUCACUGAUCAAAAUCUUACAUUUAUCAAUGGAUUACCACCGUUAUUACCGGCCACAGCUGUUUUAUCAUCAUCAUCAUCAGCAUUAAGAUCACGAUCAUCAUCGGAAUCAUCAUUAUCAACAUUGAAAACAAACGAAUCGAAUAAUUCACAGUCAUCAAUUAAACCAUUAUAUGAAUGUCAAGAAUGUCAUAAAACAUUUCCACGUAAAUAUAGUUUACGACGACAUUGGGAAAUGCAUUCCGGUGAAAAGAAUUAUAAAUGUCCAAUUUGUGGAUUAGCAUUCAAUCAUGUUUAUAAUCGUAAUCGACAUAUGAAAACACAUAAAGUUCAUCAAUAUCAGCCGGAAGAAUCGAAUGUUUCUGAAGCUGUAGUGAUGGUCGAUUCAACAAAAAAAAUUGAUACAAUCGAUCCACCAUCAUCAUCAUCAUCGACAACCUCGACAUUAUCUUGUUCAGGUGUAAUUGAUGAACAACAAUCAAUUAUCGACAAAUCCGAUCCAGUCACAUCAUCGUCAUCAUCAUCUUCUUCGAAAGAUAUUUCAUUAAUGGAUAUGUUAAUGGAAGAAAAAGACAAUUAUUAUCGUUGUACACAAUGUUAUAAACGAUUUUCCACUAAAGAACGAUUCGAUAAACAUGUAACCGUACAUGAUGAAUCGGCGAAAAAAUUAUCCUGCGAGGUUUGUGAUCGAAAAUUUCUGACAAAAUCGGCAUUAUCCUGUCAUGUUCGAUAUCAUCAAUUUUCAUCCGAUGUUCCACGAAAAUAUGAUUGUUUAUUAUGCGAUAAAGUGUUUGAUAAUAUACAAUCACGACGUGAACAUAUUUCAGUGCAUAUCAAUCCAGAUACAGGUCUAUUUCAUUGUCCGAAAUGUACAAAAAAUUUUGAAGAUUUUUCCAUCAUACGUAAACAUUUGAAAUCAUUUCAUUCGAAUGAAAUUUUUCCAUGUACCGAAUGUUCAAAAGUAUUUCCACGACAGGAUAAAUUACGUUUACAUAUGCUAUGCCAUAGUGAUCAUUGGGAAUUUAAAUGUUCGAUUUGUGGUAAACAAUUUAAACGUAAAGAUAAAUUAAAAGAACAUACACAACGUAUGCAUGCACCGGAUCGAAAAGAUCGUAUGGCCGCCAAAAUGGCAGCUCGAAUGCAACGUGUUAAAGUACCGCGUGCAAAAAAAGUGGCAACCAAACCUAGUCAACCUAAUUAUCAUGAAUAUAUUUAUAAAUGUCAUAUUUGUCUUUACGGCUUUAAACGUCGUGGUAUGCUAGUCAAUCAUCUUGCUAAACGUCAUCCGGAUGUUCCAUAUAAUACCGUACCGGAAUUGACAAUGCCGAUUGUUAAAACUUCAAAAGAUUAUUAUUGUCAAUAUUGCGAUAAAGUUUAUAAAUCCAGUUCUAAACGUAAAGCACACAUUAUUAAAAAUCAUCCAGGAAAAUCUUUGCCACCAUCGAAUCGAAGUAAACAAUCGAUACAACAAUCAUCAUCACCAUCAUCAUCAUCGAUAGUAUCCGGUUCCGAUUCGUUGGUUAAUCCACAAACCUAUUCAGCAACUGUUGGCAGUAUAACAAUAAAUCCACAUUUUUGUGAUUGGUGUCAUAAACAAUAUGCAAGCAAAGCAAAAUUAAUGCAACAUCAAAGGAAAAAACAUCCAGAUAAGAUGCAACAAUCAACGACAUCUGUUUCACCAUUGAAAAGGAACAAUAAAAAUCAGCAACAACAACAACAAUCAAACGACACAUUGAUUAUCAAUAAUAAUUCGGAUACUGCAGCUGCUGCAGCAGCACCUGGAAUGUAUAAAUUCAAUACGGUUAUUACGGAAAAUGGCAAGGCAACAUUCCAUACUGUACCUAUUUCGACUUCAAAUAAUACAUCGAUGAAAUCACAAAUGAUUACAAUGAUUGAAUUGAAUCAAUCACCCGUAACAAUUGAUCAACAACAAAUAGAAUCACCAACAAAACAAUUAAUGAUCAAUCAUCAUCAUCAUCCGAAUUCUAAUCAACAUACAUUUUUAUCACCAACAGAAGAUUCAUCGGCUGUUUAUCUUGAUGAUUUUACUAUUCAUUAUAAAGAUCAUCAUCAUCAUCAUGGAACCGAUUUUAUGGGUGAUCCAACAUCGAAUGUUCAUCAUGUAUCCGAUGUUGAUAUUCAUCAUAAUCAUCUUCAACAUCAACAACAACAGAUCACUGGCUAUACAAUCGAUUCUAAUAGUUUUGAAGAUUUAAUGAAUUUAAGUUUAAAUGGUGGUAAUGAUGAUGGACCUGAUGUUAAUCAUAAUACAUUGCAUAAUGUAUUGCCCAUUACAGAAAAUGGUGAUGAUCAUUCACCAUUUUCCCCCUCAUCAAAUGUUAUCACUAUCCUUGCUUGUACGAAUCCAUCGACAACAUUUGCUAGUGAUUUAAAUGAAUAUUGUACCGAUAUAAUGACACAUAUUUCAUCGGAUUUUCAAACAUCAACAACAACAUCACCAUCAUCAUCGACAACAACAUCAACCAUUUUAAAUGGCAAGCCAAUCAAUUAUAAUCAUCAUCAACAUGAUAAUAAUGGUCAUCAUCAUCAGAUUAUCAACAUAAACAACAAUCAUGAUUCACCAAUAGCAACAACAACAACAAGAACAGCACAUGAUUUAUUAAUAUCAUCGGCUGCUAUUGAUGAUGAUAACAAUAAUAAUUGGACACAACAUACCAUCACUACAACCAAUAACGAUCUGUGACAAAAAAAAAUUUGUCUGCCAUUUUGAAAAAAAAACGAUAAUAACAUUUUAUAAAAAUGCCAAUAAACUAUAUUUUAACU